CUUCAGCCGAGAUGAACUCAUGGGGUUGAAAUAUUCAGCUGGAGUGCCGACAGACACGGGCCUGGACUCUCUGGACUCCUUUACAGCAAAGUUCGACGCUCCUGCUGGUGCUGCUGAUGGUGUUUGCAGCAGCAACCCCCACCAAAAAACACAAAAGCACCCACGCUGAUGGCCAUUUUGGGGUCAGGGAAUGGAACUUUCUCCUCGAAGCUUUCUUUGACAAUUGCCUGCUAGUCACUAGCUGCUGCUAGUCCAUGUGUUUGACUGUUGUGCCACCACCCCGCCACCACUUUUAUCUCUACCUUUAUGCCCCUGCCUCCACUACUACUACUACUACUGCUGCUGCUACUACUGCUACUGCUACUGCUACUGCUACUACUACGAUGACGACGACGACGACGACGACUACUACUACUGCUCCUACUAUUGCUACUACUGCUACCACUGCUGCUACUGCUGCUACUGCUGCUACUGCUACUGCUGACUGCCCACUGCUUUGCAGCAAGUGUUGCUGCUACCACUGCAGUGCUACUGUGCCACCCUGGCAUCACUAGUGAUGGAAUCCACCGUCAAGUUGCACACCCGGCCUGUCGCAGGAUGCAACCCACGAGUCUGUGAGGCUUUCCUUGGGCUUCUCACGGUGGUGCUGCUCGUACUUCGGCCCUGGCACCUUCCACGCGUGCUGCGUCGCAUGGAGUUCAACGUGUUCUUCACCUUCGGUUUCUUGUGGAUCAUUGAGCUCAGCCAUAGCCUGGACCACUUCCUCCGUCACCGUGCACUGCUGGCGCUCAAAGAGGGCACCGAGGGUUGUGAGGUCGAGAUGGGCACGACCGGGGAGGCCGAAACGCGGCUGGAACCCACCGGGGCGUGAAAAUUGGAGAAAACGCUGAGGAGAGAA